AAAGGGCAGCUGCAGAAAGCCUGCUUUGCACGGGCUUGGAGCUGGAGUGGCAGUGCCUGACUCCGCCCUGCCCAUAGCGCCAGCCAGCCAGCCAGCCUUGGACAGAAAGACUUACAGACUGAUGACUGACUGAAGGCAACAGAAAUUUGGUCGGAAUGAUCACUGGCAGCAUGGAGGAGGAUCUGUGCUUGAGCGAAGCCUGACGCCAUCUCCAGUUUGGAGCAGGUGCUGUGGGCACCUCCAGGAAGAGCGUUUGCAGACAGCCUGCCCUGCGCUCAGCAGCUCAGCUCUGCGCACUUGCCCACCCUGAGCAGGGCCAGUCUUUUUUGCUGGUUCCUGGUAUUUCUUCCCUCUCCCUGAUCCAGACACCUCAGCUCAGAGCUCCAGGGCACUGAAUAGAUUGCCUGGCUAUCUGUCCACGGCCUUAACUUGCCUUCUUUUCUUUUCUUUUUCUUUCUUUCUUUUCUUUUUCUUUUUUUGAGAGGCUCCUGAGUGAGUAGCUUAAGGUCCUCAGGGUCCCCUAAAGGCACUGGGAUGGAUGCUCCAACCACAGACGUGCCCCCAGAGGAUUUCCAGAGCCCUGGCACCAUGGGCUUUGGGGACGAGCUGACUCCAGAAGCUCUGAGUGUACCUAGUGGUUUUGAUGACUUGAUCACUUCUACCACCUCCCAGGUGCUUCAGGCUGCAUCCAAUGCUGGCCGCAAUGGCAUGCUGUCAAAGAUGGAUAAGUUGGCAGACCACAUGUCAAACACGGGGGACCUGGCUGACACAUCGGGUCCCCUAGAUUUGGAAAUUGUAUCCCAGGAUGAGCAGGUGCAAUUCUGGUUAGUGGUAGGCUACACCAUAGUGGUCUUUGCUGCCAUCAUAGGCAACUGGGUCUUAAACCACAUAAUUAUGAAGUAUAAGAGGGUACACACUGCCACCGGCCUCUUCGUUGUCAACAUUUCUGUGACCAACAUGAUGCUUGCUCUUCUCAGCUCUCCCUUCACUAUGGUGCGCUAUCUGUGUAAUUCCUUGGUGUUUGGAAAGAUGACAUGUCACCUCAGUCGCUUUGCCCAGUACUCAUGUGCCUAUGUAACUGUGAUGAGCAUGGCAGCUAUUUCUCUGGAUCGACAUCGGGUGAUGCUAUAUCCUUUAAAGGCCCGGAUUACUCCCAUGCAAGGCAAUGUUUGCAUCAUCAUCAUCUGGAUCGUGAGCACUUGUGCUGCUUUGCCUCAUGCCGUUUACCAGAAGCUUUACCAAGUAGAAUUUGGCAACACAACAGAGGAAUCUGCCUGCCUCCCAAGUUUCCCAUAUACUUCUAAAUCCACAUGGAAAUACCUUGACCUGGGCACCUUUCUGCUGUUCUUUAUCUUGCCUUUGCUGGUUCUGGUGGCUGUCUAUGGUCAUGUGGCCAAAAAGCUGUGGAUCCAUGAUGCUGUUGAUGACAUCAAUAUCCACACUUACAUCUGCCAGCGUGGGAAGAAGAAGCAGACCCUAAAGAUGCUGAUGACAGUGGUGCUUCUGUAUACAAUCAGCUGGCUCCCCCUCAACGUGUACCUGGUGCUCCUGUCCAGUGAAUCCAUCUCAAGCCACAAUGGUCUCUACUUUUUCCUCCACUGGCUAGCAAUUAGUAGUUCCUGCUACAACCCCUACAUUUAUUGCUGGCUCAGUGAUAGUUUCCGUAUUGAAGUUCAGAAAGUCAUCAUGGAAAUCCAGAAGAUGCUACUAGAUAAAAUCAGCCGCCUCAGGGGAGAGCAUCGCCGACUGAGCUCUGUAUCUCAUAGCCAAACCCCUGGCAGUGUGGAUCCCAAUCCAGGAGUGCCCAAAUUCCCACGAUUCAGAGAUUUUGAUGAGCUGCCCAGUCCCCCUCCCUCCCCAACAGUGGAAAUCUCCUUUCUCCAUUCAGUGCCUAGAGUUUAAGCUGCCCAGACCGCGAUUGACUAUCAAAACAUCUAAGCUUAUGGACAAUUUCAACUCAGCAGAAGAGAGGAGGAGGAGGAAGAACAAGAAGAAAUGAUACCUCAUCCUGUCACUGCCAUUAUUCUGGAGAUAAUGUUUUAAGGGUCUUUGGACAGCAUCCAUGGUUGCAUGUAUCAAGAUGAUACCAGGAUGAGAAUUGAACUUGUGGUCCUCCUCAAAUUCCUCUUUUCUUCUUUGUCUCUUCCUCAGUAUCCUUGGCCUCCCACUGGUCUCACCCCUUUCCUAGCCUUUGUCCUUUUCCUUGCUCCUGCUCUACCUUUUACUCAUCUUCCUCUCUCACUUUCUUCUCUAUUUCCAUUUCUUUUUCACUGUAAUAUUUCUUAUUGUUUUUUACAAAAAUGUAACAAUGGCAAGUUAUCCAGUCUCUACUGUGAUAUCUCCUGGUUGGUAAGGUAUGGACAAGUGUCUAGGUCAGGAAAUGAGGGAGUGAGGAAAUGGCAGAGUUAGCUGCCAGCUACUCUGUUUUCACUUAGUAAAAAGAUGUGGUGGUUUUUUGGGGGGCGGUUCAGAUGUUUCUAGUAAAUUACCACAAUUGCUCUAGUGUUGAAUUCCUUUUUAGAUAAAGGACAAACUGGGGGAAAGACCUAAUUCAAGUUUAAAUAAUUUUCUCUCCAUUGUCUCUAUUAUGUGUCCUUUUCAUCCUUUUAAUUUAAUCCUGUCAUAUUAUUAAUAACUCAAUUACAAAACAAUGAGCGUUUAUUACUAAAGUAUAUGAAUACAUAUUUGGAGUAGCUUUAGGCUGUAAACACGAGUGAAUCUUCUAUUUAUGACCAUUGUAAACUGCCAACCUACCUGUGAUCUCCUUUUGGCUUCAGCUGUUUUGGGGAUUAGUAGUCUUUGUGAGUAGUGAGCUCUGCUUGUGUAUUUUUUCAACAUGCUAUGUAAAUACUUCUGAUUAUCUUAAGGACAGAUAUAUGUAUUUCCUUUUCACUCACUAUUUGGUAGAAUAGAUAUUUCCCAGGAUAAUGCGCUGCCUGCUUAUGGUUCUGCCUCCACACAUGGAGAAGGCAAAUUCGAAUUUUGCUUGACUACCCCAAGUUUCUUAGAAUCCAUGUACCUAGCUCUGAUAGCCUUCUUCUCCUGUUUAGACAAGAGAAAUUUGGGUAAAGGGCUAUCAUUGUGAUUUAAAUGAGUAUUGUGCUGUUAUAUUUUAACCUAACGUUCUAUCCUCCUGAAGAAAGCACUUCCCCACCCCUAUCCCUGUUCUAUAUAAAGAAUCAAACUUCUUUCACCCCGGUAAGGCUUGGGAUCUGGAAUGUUCCAUGCUUGACAGAUAAUCCAGCUUCAAAGAUUGCUUCUGACUUGGCUGGAAAAUUUACAGACUCAGAACUUUGUACAACAGUUUUGGUGAUGUAUGGAUGUUUGACAAAUUGGACAUAUGAAUAGUAUCAACUUCAUGUGGGCCUUUGUUUAGAAAUUUUCCAGCAGCAACUAAUCUGAAUUCAGUACCCAGCCAAGUCUGAGGGUGCUACCAUUGUAAGAAGUUUCUGGCUGAAGGGCUCAUUUGGUUGGAACAUGGUGCUAAUGAGCUCUAGAUCCUAGGCUCUAACCCAUGUGCAGCCAUUUAGCUCUGUGGGUUCGGGCAUGGUGCUAAAGAACUGUGGUCACAUGGUUUCUAAACCCCAUGUGUGUCCUUUUACAUAGACUGCACCACUCACUCUAACCAACCUUUUUCUGAACAACAAUUAUUAGACACCUGGAAAGCCCAGCAAAACUGUUGUGUAAAUAUUACUGCAAAAUUUGUUUUCACUUCUGGAGACAACAGUUUAUGUAUAAACCUUACUGGCUGUGUGUUAGUAGUGUCGCAUUAUUAGAACAAAUAGAGUGCACCAGAAGUGACAGAACAGAGAAAUUGCUAGAUUCUCCCAUUUUACAAAUUCAAAUACAUUUAUUACAUGCUUUAAAUACCAAGAAACUGUAUCUUGGUACCAGUUAGGACAUUUGGAAAAAUGCUUUGAUGAGAGUUAGACCUACAUGUAUCCUGUCUGAUAUUCAACCUUAAUGAGACAAUUUGGAGUGGGGGAAUAUCUCUAUUGGCAUAGACAUCCUGGAUGCUGGUAAUCAAGUUUUGGUCACUGUAUAUGUAACAUAUACAUUCUUGCUCAUGUAUUUUAAGCUGAUAGAUUAUUUCACUAAAUUGCUAUAUAUCUUAUAAGUUAUCUUUCCACACUGUCACAUGUAAUUCUAGAAAUUCAUAUAUAUAUAUAUAUAUACUAACAUAAAUAUACAAGUACAUGCACCAACAUACAUUCAUGGUAUAACAUCUUAGUAUACAUAAUCUGUCACAACUUUGUUGUUUCUGAAGACUGUCAACAUCUCUAAACUCUGAGGCAAAGUUUCACUAAUAGACAUAGUAUUGUCAUUUGGCUCACAUAAGGAAAGAAAGGAAGUACACUAGGUAUGAACAAUAUGAGAGUAAAAAUGAAGUUGUUUAGUCUGAUACUUCUUGUUCACAGACUUUUAUGUGUAUAUUUCAAACUUACUUCCCUUAUAACAGUGAUAGUAAUAUCUUGUGUGUGACUAUGACUUUGUAUUAUAAUUCUCAAAGUAGAUCUUAUGAUACUUAUCAGCAAGUGUUCAUUUUCAUUACCCCAUAUUGAAAAACUAAAUACUCUUGGGGUGAUUAUAUUAAGUUUCAGCUUCAGAUAUGGACUUCUUGCAUUUCAGAGUAAGCCUUAUCUGGCUGCUCAAGGAGCACACAGAGAAAACAGUGGAGAUUAGCCUCCUGGGAUUUUCUUGACAUAAUAUAUGCAGGCCCAAGUAAAAGUGUCUAUGCUCAGAUUUAUGUAAAUGAAUUUAUGUUAAUUGGAUUAGUUGAAAUGUAGCAUCUGGAAUGAAUUCCCUGUUCUUUUGUGAUGAGACCUCCUGCAAGUAAAGUUUGCAGGUUUAUUUUUAUAGAAAGGUCUUAGAAGGUACCUAAUAGCUACUGUGCCUCAUUGCUUUUGAUUUACAGCAUUUUCCAGUUAGUGGUGGGAAGUCUGUCUUAGGAGUUGGGAAGGUGAAUACUGUAUUUGUAAUUUUAGACAAGAAGCUGUCAAUGCUUUUGUAUUUACAACUUAAGUUAACUACAAAAAAAUAGAAAAAUAAAGUCUUUAAACUUAGAGUCUAUAUGAUAGUUAGUGAAAUUUCACUCACCAUUUGCUUGAGUUGCCCCCCUCCCCCUGAAGUUGAACUGAAUAUGGUGAUACCUUAAUGGCUUCAGCUUUUCAGCUUUGUUCACAGCUCUGUGAAUGGAUGGAAAAUAUCCUAAGCACCUAUACAUAGGUAUAUCAUAUACUUGCUACUGAUUCAAACCUUGCAGUGAUACAGACUGUGUGGAACUGAUGCCUUUUGGGACAAAGACUGUAACCCUGUCAAAUACUACUCAAAUGACAGAGGAAAUAAGGCUCCCUGAAGUGAUGUUGAUGAAUUACAUAUUGACAAGAAGAAUGAAAGAAGUCUUACCAUGCUACAACAGGAGAAUGGACAUUAUUACUACUAAUGUGCUUGUUAGUUAUCUACUUGUUACUGUUGCUUUAAAUAUUAUCUACUGAUGUUGUUAUUUCUCUCUACUCUAAGUUAAUGUUUAGCUAUGUAUUCUAUAAUGAAGAGAGGAGGGGCCAAAGGGAAAGGGGUAUUGUGGUGUCAG